AUGUCAACAUGUAAGACCGAUGUCAACCAAGAAAAAGAAAGAGCAAUAGACUUCGAAGUUCGAAGCAUUGAGAGACUUGGGAAAUACGCUAACAAGGAAGGUGUGGAAAAUGUAACCGUCGCAAGCUCUGUUUUCACCAAGACGCAAAACGGAGUAAGAAUAAAGAUUUGGGCUAGGCCGAGCAGAGGGCCUCUCCAAGGAAGCUUCGCAUCAUCAAAUUUGCCAGUGCUGGUGUUCUUGGUGAUAGCCGGCGAUCGAAACUGCCAAAACGGAAGAACGGAGAUACACACAAGAAUAAAAGCACUUGACUCAUCAAGCACAGUUUCCAGAUGGAAGAAUUUGGAACGGAAGAAAUCUGGAGCAAUCGAUAUCUUGAUCAGUCAGGUCAAGGAGCCGCCUCCAUUCUGUUACGAAUUUUCUUCAACGUUAUGGAAAGACUACAUGUUUUCGAGACAUAAAUUCAUUGAAGGCCUCAGCAUAUACUAUAGACCGGCGCCAAAUCAGAGAAACAUCGAUGGUGAUUUUAUCAGUGUCAGUGGGCGUUUGACCUGGGACCAAAUAGUGUCAAAGAUGGCUGAUUCUCUAGGUGAAACAUAUUUUCGGUCCAGACAAUACAUACCUAUGGUGGUGACAGCUGAUGAAGGUUUCUGCACUACAAAGAUUAGGAGACCUGAGAAUAAUUGGCAGACCGGAAGAUUUCGCGGCAACCACAAUGAUGAAUACUACGGUUGUUGUGGUCGCUGUGGUGAGGAUAUGCAGAAUACUACGCUUGAACUUCUGAUUCGAUUGCAGGGGUGCCGACAUGUUUUUCACAAGACAUGUUUAUAUGACUGGAUGUGGGGUCACAAAAAAUGUCCCAUAUGCGAAGCAUAUAUUUCGUUAGAUAUGGAUUAUGCAAAUGACAUGAUUUAG